GGCCUCUGUGCGUCUGACGUCAGCACGCAAUCCCCGAACCCGAGGCUGAGGCUGAGGCUGUAAACAAUAAAACCCAGCCCGUCCAUCAUCCAUGCGCUAAACAUGCGUCUGUCGGUGCUGCUGUGCCUCUUCUGCGCCCUCAGGUCCGCUCGAGGUUACUAUGGCAACCCCCUGAGCAAGUACAUCCGGCACUAUGAGGGUCUGUCGUACGACACGGAGCUGCUGCACAGCCGGCACCAGAGAGCGAAGAGAGCGCUGUCACUGCAGGAGCGCGAGCUGCAGCUGGAGUUCCACGCACACGGCAGACAUUUCAGCCUCCGAAUGAAGCGAGACAGCAGGCUGUUUUCAGACGGCUUUAAGCUGGAGAUGUCUGGAGAGGAGCUGGACUACGACACCUCGCACAUCUACACUGGAGAACUGUACGGUGAACACGGCUCUCUGACGCACGGCUCGGUCAUGGACGGGACGUUCGAGGGCUUCAUUCAGACCCAUCGAGGGACGUAUUACGUGGAGCCGGUCGAGAGAUACCUGCAGGACAAGAACGUCCCGUUCCACUCCGUCAUCUACCACGAGGACGACAUCCAGUAUCCGCACAGAUACGGGCCGGAAGGCGGCUGUGCAGAUUCGUCUGUGUUUGAGCGAAUGAAGAAGUAUCAGGCGUCGGCGCUGGAGGAACCGGCCAAGGAGGAUCACGUGUUGCUGAGGAAGAAGAGGAUGACGCAGGUGGAGAAGAACACCUGCCAGCUCUUCAUCCAAACCGAUCACCUCUUCUACAAGUACUACAAGACCAGAGAGGCCGUGAUCGCUCAGAUCUCCAGUCACGUCAAGGCCAUUGAUGCCAUCUACCAGGGCACAGACUUCAUGGGCAUCCGCAACAUCAGUUUCAUGGUCAAGAGGAUACGGAUAAACACCACCAGCGACGAGCGCGAUCGCUCCAACCCUUUCCGCUUCGCUAACAUCGGCGUGGAGAAGUUUCUGGAGCUGAACUCGGAGCAGAAUCACGACGAUUACUGCCUGGCGUACGUCUUCACCGACCGAGACUUUGACGACGGCGUGCUGGGUCUGGCCUGGGUCGGCGCUCCAGCCGGGAGCUCUGGUGGAAUCUGUGAGAAGAAUAAGCUGUAUUCUGACGGGAAGAAGAAGUCUCUGAACACUGGGAUCAUCACGGUGCAGAACUACGCCUCGCACGUGCCUCCUAAAGUCUCACACAUCACCUUCGCUCACGAGGUCGGACACAACUUCGGUUCCCCGCAUGACUCCGGGUCAGAGUGCACUCCGGGCGAGUCCAAGAGCCAGGAUAAGAAGGAGCGAGGGAACUACAUCAUGUACGCGCGAGCCACUUCUGGAGACAAGCUGAAUAACAACAAGUUCUCCGUCUGCAGCGUCAAGAACAUCAGCCAGGUGCUGGAGAAGAAGCGCGGCAGCUGUUUCGUAGUGAGUCUCAGAGCGACGGGACGGCAUAUCUGCGGGAACGGUCUGGUGGAGCCGGGUGAGGAGUGUGAUUGCGGCUACAGCGAUCAGUGUAAAGACGAGUGCUGCUACGACGCCAAUCAGCCAGACAUCAAGAAAUGCAAACUCAAGCCCAACAAAGUCUGCAGUCCGAGUCAGGGUCCCUGCUGCACGGGCGAGUGCUCCUACAAGAGCCGCAACGAGAAGUGUCGUGAGGAGUCGGAGUGUGCUCAUCAAGGCAUGUGUAACGGCGCCUCGGCCCAGUGCCCCACCUCAGAGCCCAAAGCCAACUUCACCGCCUGCCACGGGGACACGCAGGUCUGCCUGAACGGGGGCUGCUCCGGCUCCAUCUGUGAGAAGUACGGGCUGGAGGUCUGCACCUGCGCCAGCGUGGAUGGCAAAGACGAGACCGAGCUCUGCCAUGUGUGCUGCAUGGAGAAGAUGAACCCCAGCACCUGCAGCAGUACAGGCUCGGAACGUCUCGCUCGCUUCUUCAAUAAGAAGGUCACCACUCUUCAGGCCGGCUCGCCCUGCAAUGACUUCAAGGGCUACUGCGAUGUCUUCAUGAAGUGUCGUCUGGUGGACGCCGAUGGUCCUCUAGCGCGCCUGAAGAAGGCCAUCUUCAACCCGGAGCUGUACGAGAACAUUGCCGAAUGGAUCGUGGCUCACUGGUGGGCGGUUCUGCUUAUGGGAAUUGCUCUCAUCAUGCUCAUGGCCGGAUUCAUUAAGAUCUGCAGCGUUCACACGCCCAGCAGCAACCCCAAACUGCCUCCUCCUAAACCACUGCCAGGUAACGCACCUCCUCACUGACAUUGUCAGAAAGACCCGUUUCCAUGCAUGUCAGUAUUGAGACGUUUGAAAUUGUGUCAGUAGUGGUUUUAUGUAGUAUAGAUACACUGAUACCAGCUGUUCUUUCUCACUCUCUCCUCUCAACACGCCGCAGUGUGUGUUUUAAUUAAAUAAAAAUAUGCUGUGUGUUUCAGAGUGAAGUGCAGUAUUCAAGUGUUUAUAUCCAGUUUUCAGCAUCUCACUUCACAGUAAAUGCAGCAAACUCAAUCCCUGCAUGUGCUGCAAGGUUAACAUACAUUUUUGCAAUGCAACUUUACACUUUUACAAUUUCCAACAUUUUUGUGGACAAAUGAUUACAGCAGUUCACACUUUCAAGCAUGUAGAUUUGUAAUGAGAUGCGUUUGGUCUCCCUGCAGUUUUCUGCCAAAAUA